ACAGAGGAAGCCCUGACAAGGUCAGGCGCCUAGGUAUGUAACCCUGACCCCUGCCCCUUCAGUAACCCUUCUUUUCUGUUUGUCAUGGAUAGGGCUGGGCUGUCUGCUCUUCACAUCAGUAUUGUUUGCUGCAAGGUCCCAGCCAGCUUUAUCAUGCACAGAAAAGUCAUCAGUCAAAGCCCAGGACUGACUCAAAACACACUUUGACCCUUUUCAUCUACCCCUGAGCGGUCCAGACUCUCCAAACCCUGCCUCCCACCCCCAGCACACUGUAAUAAACAGUCCUAGCUUGGCUCCCUCUACCCUGAAUUCCCCUCAUUCAGCACCCCAGGUGGGAGGAGGGGGAGUCAUCUCAGGACGUGUCCCGAGGGAUUAGAUGUCAGAGUUUGGGCACUGGGAGCCCAGUGUUUAGCCCUCCAGCCCUGGCUAUAAUUAGCCAGGUGGGGCUACUGACUGGGAAACGGGUGACUUUGGUCUGAACACCACAGUCCCAAGCAGAGCAAGCCUUCAAGUGAGAGGACCAUCAGGACACUGCUGUUUCGUGAGGGGGACUAAAGGCUGGGGACGAGGAUGGGAGGAAUCUGGCCCCAGGGCACUGGAUUUCUACACACACCUCUUGUAUGCUUCACUGGAUCCAGUGAACCCCAUAGUACUGUACGGCCCACUACUCCAGUCUUGGGAAGUGACUUUGAGGUGGGGGUAGGAGGCUGGAACAGAGGGAGGGACUGGUAGUUCCAAGAUCUGGAGACGUAGUUCCCCUGGCCUUCCUGGGCACAGCUAAGACACCCUUCUCUCUUGCCUGCUCGCUUGCAGCAAUCUGACAAACCUAGGCCAUGAGCGUCUCUGAGGCCGCACGUCACUGCUCUGACCUGGAGUGUGUCUCCUCUCCCGUUCAGAAGGACGGCCUCGGACUCCCUGUGCCUGCCCGAAGAACCCCCUCCUGGCCUUCCUCCCCGGAGGAGUCUGGUUUCCUUUCCUUUCCUCUGGAAGAGCCUGGCCCCAGACUCCUGGUCCCAGGAAACCUUCCCUCUCCAGUUUUCUCCCUAGAGGAAAAGGAGGAAGAGGAUGAGGAUGAUGCAGACAUCACUGCGUACCCCGAGGGGCUGUAUAGCGAGGAGCACCCGAGCCAGUUCUUUGCCGAAGCACAGAGGCUGUGGGAGCAGAGGCUGCUGCUGGACGAAGAGGUGUCAGUCGGGGGGCGGGUUUACGGGGUGCACCGGGUCAUCUUGGCCGCAGUCAGCAGCCUCUUCCGAGGCAUGCUGCUGGAUGGCGGGGGCCCGCGGCGCGGCCUCAGCCUGGAUGUGACCCCUGGGGGCUGGAAGGCCGUGCUGACCUUUGCCUAUGAGGGGGUGCUGGGCCCAGCCUUGCUGGGGGAUGUGCUGGCUGCGGCAGAAGUCCUGGGAGCGCCUCGGGUGAAGGCCGCAGCCCAGCGGAGAUGCCAGGGCUCUGGAAACACCACGGAAGAUGAAAAGCCGCCCACCCAGGCGGAGGAGCUGAAGGAAAAUCUCCGCAGCAUCGAGCGCCUCUACCGAGAGGGUGUCGGGUGUGAUCUGGAGCUGGAAGCAGACGGCUGCCGGCUGCAUGUGCACCGAGCAGCCCUGGCCUGUGGCAGUGAGUUCUUUGGGGCCAUGCUCCUGAGUGGAAUGAGGGAAUCCCAAGGCACCGAGGUAUCUCUGCGUACCAUGUCUUCCCAGGACCUGCGACUCCUUGUCUCUUUUGCUUACUCUGGGGUAGUGCAGGCAGGGUGGCCAGGACUGCUGAAAGCUGCCCAGGCUGCUCUGCAGUACCAAAGUUCUUCCUGCCUGGAUCUGUGUCAGAAGGCCUUGGCUCAAGGCCUCAACCCUGGCCGUUGCUUGGCCCUAUUCCUCAUGGGUGAAGCCCCCGGGUUGGAGAGGCUCUGGAAUAAAGCUCGUCACUACAUCCUCACCCACCUGCCUGCUGUGGCUUUGUGCCCUGCUUUCCCUUCCUUACCAGCUGCCUGUCUGGCUGAGCUCCUGGACAGUGAUGAGCUCCAUGUGCAGGAGGAGUUUGAGGCCUUCGUGGCUGCACGGUAUUGGUUAGCUGCCAACCCUGAGACACCGGAGUCAGAGGCCAAGGCCCUGCUGCAAUGUAUCCGCUUUGGCCGUAUGUCUACCAGGGAGCUGAGAAAAGUGCGGGCAGCUGGGCUACCCCCAUCUCUCCCCUCAAACUUGCUAUACCAGCUGAUGGUGGAGGCUGAGAUUCCAGGUCAAGAGAGGUGGAGGAAGCCUGACCAGGCACUGGUAGUGAUUGGUGGGGAUGAGCUCAGACCUGACAUGGCCCGAAGACAGCCUUCUCAAAAAGUGUGGUGGGCCCGGGCCUUCCACUGUGGCACGGGGCUGGUACGAACUGUGGAGUGGGGGCAGCUGCCUGGCCUGCCUACCCCAGGACGCUUCCGGCAUGGGGCUGCAAGCCUGACAGGAAGUGAGCUCUAUGUGUGUGGGGGACAGGAUUUCUACAGCCACUCCAACACUCUGGCUUCAACUGUCAGGUGGGACCCCAGUCAAGAGGACUGGGAAGAGAUGGCACCUUUGUGCCAGGCUCGGAGCUUGUUCCCCCUGGUGGCAUUGGAUGGACUACUUUAUGCCUUGGGUGGGCGAUACAAUGGUGUUGCCCUUAGCUCUGUGGAGACCUACAACCCUGAGCUCAAUGUCUGGAGGCCAGCUCCUGCGCUUCCAGCCCCAUGCUUUGCCCAUGCAGCUGCCAUCUUGGAAGGCCAAUUGUACCUGAGCGGUGGCUAUAGUGGAGCUGGCCAAUACCUGGCCUCGUUGCUACACUAUGACCCCAAACUUGAGAAGAAAGGAACACUUUUGAGCCCAAUGGGGAUACCUCGGGCUGGCCAUGUUAUGGCUGCUCUGGGUGGGCGAUUGUAUGUAGCAGGUGGGCUAGGUGAGACGGGAGACCUUCUUAGCUUUGAGUCCUAUGAACCAAGGACUGAUAGAUGGACUCACUUGGCACCCCUGCCAUCUGCCCAUGUAGGUGCUGCAGGUGCUGUGCUGCAGGGAGAGCUACUGGUGAUGGGGGGCUACAGCCACCGUACUUAUGCCCUCUCUCACCUUAUCCAUGCCUACUGUCCUGGGCUGGGCCGAUGGCUGUGCCUGGGAACUCUGCCAAGGCCUCGGGCUGAGAUGCCUGCUUGCAUUUUGACACUGCCCACGGUGUAGCACACAGCUUUGGUUUCCACCCUGCGCCAAACCAAACCUGCUGGAUGACAGGGGAGCAGAAGUGUACAGGGGGAGGAAGGGAUAUGAAAUAUCAUGAAAAACAGAGUUUAUGAGAGAGAGAGAUUAGUAUUCUUGGUAGUAUUUUUACACAGUGCUUGACAGUUCAUAAACUGCUCUUGUAUAUAUGAUAUACACUGAGGGAAAGUGACUCCCGAAGUGGGGAAAGAGCUUUGGAGAAGGAGAGGCAGCUGAAUACUUGAGAUUCUUUGUUUGUUUUGGUUAUUUGUUUUUUGAGACAGGGUCUCCCUAUGUACUUCAGGCUAGCCUUGAACUCACUAUGUACCUUAGGUUGUGGCCUCAACUUCACAGCAGUCCUCGUGCCUCAGCAUCCAAAAUCCUGGGAUCACAGGUAUGUGCCACUAUCCAUGGUAGCAGCUAAAUAGUGGAAUAAGAGAAAUGACUAAGAGGAUGAGGCAGGAGGAUCACCUAGAGUUUGAGGCCAGCCUGGGCUACAUAGUGAGUUCAAAGCCAGCCUAAGCCAUUAGCAAGGCCAUGUCUAAACCAAAGGGAAAAAAAGUGACUUAGGAGCAACCAUAGGCUUAGGGGUUCUUGAGAGGAGAAGGGCAUGUGCUUGGAAAACAGUCAAGAAUAUCCAGUAUUGGCCAGGAUGUAGCUCAGUGAUAGAGCGUCUGCUUAGCAUACAUGAACAUCUGGGUUCAAUCCCCAGCACAUAGAUACACACACACACACACACACACACACACACACACAUACGCAUGCACAGAAAUAAAUAAAUAAAUAGAAGCUCUAGUAGCCAAAGCUUAGGGGUCAUGAGAGGAAAGUUGGAAAAUUAUUCCAAUCCAUGGAUCAAAGAGAAAAAUAGAAGUCAGGUGUGGUGGCUCAUGCUUGUAAUCCCAGCUACUCCAGACUCUGAGGUAGGAUCACAAGCUUGAGGCUAGCCUGUGAAAUUUAGUGAGAGCUUUUCUCAGAAUCAAAUGAAAAGGGGCUGGACAUUUUAUUGGAUAUUUGGACAUUUUAUUGUAUCUCAGUGGUAGAGCUCUUUCCUUGUGUGUUCAAGGCCCUGGGUUCUUCAGUCCUUAGUGAGAGAGAGAGGGAGAGAGAGAGGGACAGGGACAGGGACAGGGAGAAGAAAGGC